AAUCCAAUUUUUAUAGGAAUAGAAAUAAUUGGUGAGAGAGAUGUUUGUAAUAAAGAAGAAUUUUUUAAUAUGGUGAAGUUUGAAUUUUGUGAUAUAGAGGAAUUUGCAGUUUCUAUAUUUGAAGUAUUAGAACUUAAAAAGAUAUUUUCAGAUAGAGAUUGGGGAGUAGAUUAUAGUAGUAGUGAUAGUGUGUACUUAGAAGAAGUACAUAGUUUAAUAAAAGGUCAAAUUGUAGAAUUAGGAGAAGAGUUGGAAUCUAAGAACAAUUGA